CCAAAUGGUUCGAACUCAUUCUCAUGUUAAAAACAUAAUAAUGAUAAGUGAUCUUCCUAGUUGGUCCAAGUUCCUAGGUCGGACUAGUUGGGAGCAUCAUUUCCUGUUGAGCGACACAUCAAAACAGAGAGAAUAAAGAAUCACGGCUGAACGAAAGACGCGUGCAACGGAUUGUUUGUUUUGUUUCCCUAAUUCAACAGCCCAAAGAAGGAAAGAACAAACAGACAGAAGGAAAAUAAAGAGGAAAAUGGCGGCGCCUUUUCAGGGUUAUUGAUAAUUUUGGCGUCGAGACUUUUAAAUUCACAUAGAAGACCGAUUUUCUCUCCUGAAGGGAGCCGGGGUUACAUUUUCCACGAACUCUUUCUCCCUUCUUCUUCUCUCUGUGAUUUUUACGUCUGAACCCCAGAUGUUCCCAUUGGUAUUGGAAGGAUUAUCCAUUUUCCUUUUCAUGUAUCGUAGAUGAUUUCUACAGUUUAAUGUAAAUUCUAAAUUGUGUAUAUAACCAAUCAUUUGGGCUGAUCAAUUUGGGAGAGGAAGAUCGGGGAGGAGGUCUCAUACAGCUUCGGAUGUCACCAUUCCUGUUUUGUCUCUCUUUUCGGCAGCAGAGUUCGGCCAGAAGGAAAGAUUACUGACUGAAACAAUGGCUUGCGAGGGAUCCCUUGUUAUUGCCAAUAAUGUUUCUCCUGUUCCACCUCCCAUCCCUUCUUGUCCAGAAUCCUCAAAGAGGCCAGCGGCCAAUGCAUCAUCGACAAGAGGAUACAAUUCUGUUUCCAUGUCUGGAACAGAUUUAUGGGAACGUUUGUUCAAUGAAAGUUACAGAGCGGAUGUUGCCAUUCAUACCAGUAAUGGUGGCAUCAUUUACUCCCAUGCUAAUAUCCUGGGCAUGGUUUCUCCUGUGUUGAAAAGCAUAUUAACGAAAUCAAGAAGGGUUGGUCGUCAUCGGCCUAUCUCAAUUCGUGGGGUUCCACACGAGGCAGUUCGAGCUUUUGUGCGAUAUUUAUACUCUUGCAGCUAUGAUCCAGAUGAAAUGGAGGAUUUUGUGUUGCAUUUGUUGGUGUUAUCGCAUGCUUAUGCAGUCCCCCACUUGAAGCGAGCUUGUGAAUGGCACUUAGAGCGGCGAAUGCUUACCAUAGAGAAUGUAGUCGAUGUCAUCCAGCUUGCACUGUUGUGUGAUGCCCCUCGGCUCGGCCUAAUUUGCCACCGUUUGAUUCUGAAGAAUUUCACAGCCGUUUGCAUGACCGGAGGAUGGAGAGACAUGAAGAACAGCCACCCAAUGCUAGAAAAGGGGCUCCUGCAGUCCGUAGUUAAAGAAGGAACUAGGCAAGAGGAGAGGACUAGGAAGUUGAAUGAGAGAAAGAUGUACUUGCAACUGUAUGAGGCCAUGGAAGCUCUAGUUCACAUUUGCAGGGAUGGGUGCAGGACGAUUGGGCCACAUGACAAGGCCUUGAAAGAGGAUCAGGAUCCUUGCAACUACUCAUCUUGUAAGCAGAUUGAGUUGCUGGUUCGUCACUUUGCUAGCUGCAAGAUGAGAGUCCAAGGUGGUUGCAUCCAUUGCAACAGAAUGUGGCAGCUCUUGGAAUUACACUCCCACCUCUGUGCUGAUUCGGAUGUCUGUAAAGUUCCUCUAUGCAGCAACUUCAAGGAGAAGAGGAUGACAAAAGAGAAGAAGGAUGACAUUAAGUGGAGAAUUUUGGUGAGGAAGAUCUUGAGAUCAAAGAGCAUUUCUGGGGCGCCAUUCUUUUCUUUGGAUUCACCUUGAGAAGUUAGCCCUGCC